ACAAGUCAAAGAUCUAAAUUGACACAGGGUUGCCCUUUCAAGCAACCACACUUUAGGAAUUGUUUAUUUUUCAACUUCUGUAAUUAAACUAGUAGCAUCACUCUUGAAGAACCUUUUGACUUGUUUCUAUUUGAGGUAGUAAAUGUGCAUUUUUUGGUCUAACUUAUUGGACUCUUAGUUUCCUCAAACUGCAUAAAACUGCUAGUUCAACCAGUGAUUUUGCAGAGGUUAGGGACCGACUUUUGUAUGGUUUUUGGGUCAAAGUUAGGUACUGUUUUGUUAUGGAUAUAUGUCGAUACAUCAAUUUAGUUGAUUCUUGGUUUUACUGUUCAAUUUGAUAGAAGCUUUUCCAAGAACUGGUUGUUUGAGAUUGAAACACAGAGGGAUUGGUCUCACUCUGAAAGGACCAGGAUUAGAUCUGGACCCAUGAAGAUGACACACGCUGUUCAAGCAAUUACCACCUGAAACCAGCUCGCCUACUCAUCUUGUUAACAGUUAACUAGUGUUUCUGCAGUAUGCUUACAACGUUACACAGAAAAUCAAAGAUACUACUUGCACGCAAAAUGGUCAAACAUAGAACUAUAUCUCCUUCCAGUUUACAACAAAAUACUUGGAUUGGAUUUUGGUGUGCUAUGCAUGAUCUACAGGUGAUCAAUCUUGCAAAUGCUCCAUCAGUUGUUGGCAAGCAUUUAGACGAUGAGUGUCCUGAAGAUUUCAUCAAAGGCCUUAUUCUCUUUGUUUCUUCUUUUUUUCAUGUUGAGAGGAGAUUUGCAGAGCCGCUGGAUGCAAGCCCAUCCUUGCCGUAUCUGAUCUUCUGGAACCCAGCCAAAUUCUUGCCUCUUUUUUAUGAAGCCGCUCACAUGGCUCAGGAAGUGUGUUUGAAGCAUGCAAAGUUGCAAGGAGAUGGUGUUGAAGAGUCCUUGCAUAUGACAUGGUUAUGUGGGUGGUUCUCCAUGGAGUGUUCCAGUAUACCUUCUCAUGCUUGUUGCAUUGAAGCUCUUCUGGUUAAAUUUUCACUAGAUUAA